AUGACUCCUGUUCAAUAUGAAGAACUUUUGACUAUGAUUGCUCCAGAGAUACAGAAGUCUUGCAUAACUCGGGAAUGUAUAGGGCCUAGUGAGCGACUUUGUGUAACACUCAGGUAUCUAACUACAGGAGAUUCUCAAACAACCAUAGGGAUGAACUUUCGAAUGAGCCCAACCACUGUUGGACGAAUCAUCUUUUCAACAUGUGAAGCACUGUGGAAAGUACUGUCAUUGGUAUUCAUGAAAUGUCCAAGCAAUGAGGCAGAGUGGAAGUGCAUAGCACAGGGGUUUGAAAUUAAAUGGAAUUUUCCACACUGCAUUGGUGCGCUUGAUGGAAAACACGUCGUGAUGCAGGCACCAGCUAACUCUGGAUCGAUGUUCUUUAAUUAUAACAUUGAUAUUGGUGACUCAGGACGGAAUAGUGACGGUGGUGUAUUUUCUUACAGUACAAUGGGUGAAUCAAUUAAGAAAAACAGUUUAGGCAUCCCUAGGCCCGAGGCAUUUCCUUCCACUCAAAAAUGCUAUCCAUUUGUCAUAGUGGCAGAUGAGGCGUUUCAGUUACAGCAAAAUAUCAUGAAACCGUACCCUAGACAAGCCUUGGGAAUAUCUGAGCGGGUAUUCAAUUAUCGGUUGUCUCGAGCGAGGAGGGUAAUUGAAAAUGCGUUUGGAAUUGUAGCAGCACGAUUUCGGGUAUUUCGUCGACCAAUUCACGCCAGAGUUGAAAUGGUUAUUCAAGUUACAAAAGCAGUAAUCGCUCUGCACAAUUAUCUUAUGGCUGAAAGGUCUUUUCGCACAGCACAAAAUACUGUCCAGCUGGUUUCGUGGACAACGACACAGAAAACGGAAGAGAGCUUGGAGAAUGGAGAAAAGUGA